AUGAAACAGAAUUAUAUUUUACUGAUAAUUUUAUGUUAUCUUCUCGCGAAUGUUCAUUCCGCUCCAGCAAUUAUUACAGUUUGGCAAACAGUUACGAAUUCACAAAUAGCAGCAGGUUCAACUGCUGCUGUUGCUGCUACUGCUAAUGUUCAACAAGCAGCAGCAGCUCCUGCUCCAGAUUCUGCUUCUGCUUCUGCUCCAGCACCUGCAGCUCCAGCACCUGCACCACCCGCUUCAAACGCAGCAAGUACUCCACAAAGUUCUACUUCUUCAUCUAAUGGAUGGUUGAGUAAUUUAUUCAAUAGUUUCUUUGGAGGAAGUGACAGUACUAGUAAUAGCAACACUGAAUCUACCGCACCAGCUUCAACAAGUCCUUCUUCAUCAUCAUCAUCUUCUUCUACGUCUUCUGGGAAUGGUUUCUUAUCUUUCUUGAGUGGAUUGUUUGGAUCGGGAAGUUCUUCAUCAACUCCAUCUUCUUCUUCUUCACAACAACAGCAGCAACAACAACAAGGAUCUCCAGCUGCUGGUUCUAAUAGUCCGGAUUCAGCUCAACCCGUAGCUGCUGCUGCAUCGAAUAUUGGCUCGCAAGGUAAUAAUGAUCAAGGCACAGGGUUUGGUUCUGGCUUAGACUCUGGCUCUGGCUCUGGCUCUGGCUCUGGCUCUGGCUCUGGCUCUGGCUCUGGCUCUGCUUCAUCUUCCACAAUUGUCCAACAACAACCUUCAAGUUCAAAUACAGACUCUUCUUCAACCUCAUCUUCCUCCUCUUCCUCCUCAUCAGGUGAUAUUUAUGCUGCUAUUUCACAAUGUGAUGGUAUUGAUGCUUCAUUUGCAAGUUCAAUUUUGGAUGCCCAUAACAAAUAUAGAGCUCAACAUAAAGUUGGUGAAUUAUCUUGGGAUGUUGAUACUUAUAAUUAUGCUAAAAAUAAUGCUGAUAAUUAUGAUUGUUCUGGAGUUUUAACCCAUACUCAUGGUAAAUUUGGAGAAAAUUUAGCUGCUGGAUUUAAAGAUGGACCAUCUACUGUUGCAGCAUGGGUUGACGAACCAAUUCUGUAUAAUGAUGCAUCGUUUGUUUAUAAUCAUUUCACUCAAGUGAUUUGGAAAGGUAGUACUAAAGUUGGUUGUGCUUAUAAAGAUUGUAGAAAAUCAAAUUGGGGGCUUUAUGUUGUUUGUGAAUACGAUCCUUAUGGUAAUGUCAUUGGUCAAGGUUCUAAAAAUGUAUUCCCAUAA